GGGCAGAUGGUGCGUCAGUCAGGGGGCUGUGUGCCCGCAGGCGGAAGCGGCUCGCCCAGGAGCGGGCACUCAGGAACGGCUGCUGAUGGAAGAGCCCAGGAGGGAGUGCCGAGGCAGCGGGGCAGCGUGAGCCACGUCCUGGGCCCUGAGAGCCGUGGUGGGCAUUGAGGGACGUGGUCUGGGCACUGAGAGCUGUGUCCUGGGCACCGUGAGCUCUGUCCUGGGCACCGUGAGCUGUCCUGGGCACCGUGGGCCGUGGCCAUGGCAGGGUUCCUGGACAAUUUCCGCUGGCCGGAGUGCGAGUGCAUCGACUGGAGCGAGCGCCGCAACGCCAUCGCCUCCAUCGUGGCCGGGGUGCUGUUCUUCACAGGCUGGUGGAUCAUGAUCGAUGCCGCCGUGGUGUACCCCAAGCCGGAGCAGCUGAACCACGCCUUCCACACCUGCGGGGUCUUCUCCACGCUGGCCUUCUUCAUGAUAAAUGCUGUAUCAAAUGCACAGGUGAGAGGAGACAGCUACAGUGAUGGAUGCUUAGGAAGAACAGGGGCUCGGAUCUGGCUCUUCAUCGGCUUCAUGUUGAUGUUUGGAUCACUCAUUGCUUCCAUGUGGAUUCUCUUUGGAGCAUAUGUUACACAGAACACUAACGUGUACCCUGGAUUAGCAGUGUUUUUCCAGAAUGCAUUAAUAUUUUUCAGCACCCUGAUCUACAAGUUUGGGAGGACAGAAGAGCUGUGGGGCUGAGCUCCCUGCUGGCCUGCUCCAUAGUUGGCUGCGUGGUUCUUGUCUGUAGAUAAUUCACUCCUUUGUCCUUGGCUUGCCUCCCUCACUGGUGGAGCUGAGACACCUCCAGGCUCUGUCCGAAGCUGCUCUGUUCCCAGGACACUGUGAAUAUGUACAUAGGACUGUGUCUGGCAUUUCAAAGGGAAUUCAGGCUGCCAGGCUGCCCUGCUGCCAUCUCCAGGCUUUCUCCUCCAAAUCCAUGGCUUUUCCCACCUCCAAAGCUGUGUCUGAGUGAACAAUUAGUGAGCAGGCAGGACAGAGCCCUCCCCGCAGCAGGGCCAUGCUGGGAUAAGAGCUGAUUUUAAGAAUUUUAUAUUAUUAUUGUUCAGGUAAAUAUAAAGUAGCUUUUUUUUCUUCUUCUUUUGGUAAAAGGUUAUGGGUUUUUAAGCAAGUCCCUACACUCAGCAGGUUGUGCAUGGCAAAGCAAAGCGUUCCUGACUUGUGAGGCUCUGGCACAAAGGACAUUUGCUGGCACCACAGUCAUUGGAAUUAAUCUCAUGCUGCUCAGUGUAAGAGAUACCAGUUGGUAUUUAAUGUAUUUCCUGAUAUUAGAAUAAAAAAACUCCAACAAACUGA